AUGAAAAUCGUAGUGGACAAGAAAACUGGGGGGAACCGGUCUCUUCUUACGGCGUGGAAGUCGGCGGAUGAUCCCGGCACGGGUGAGUAUGCAGUGCGAUUGGAUAUGAAAGGUGUGCCUCAGGCGAUUGUGUACAAGGCGUCGUCCCCUGCGUGGAGAUUUGGGCCCUGGAAUGGCGUUAGGUGGAGCGGCAUUCCAGAAAUGACUCCAAACAUAAACUCCUACAAUUACUACGACAACGACGAGGAAGUCACGAUGUGGUAUUGGACACGGGACCCGUCGAUAUACACAGUAGUGAUGGUAAAUGAUUCUGGCGCAUUCAGUAAGAUUAUAUGGCAGCAAGGGAAUGACGGUGUGAUGAGAUGGGUGGGGAUGUGGUACUUUCCCAACGACGAUUGCGACCGGUACGGCCACUGUGGGGCGUUCGGCGUUUGCCAUCCGAGGGAGAUUGACUGCCGAUGCGUUCCCGGGUUCAAGCCGAAGUCAAGCCCGGAAUGGAGCCAAGGGUGCUGGAGAAACGAGACAGAAGUGUGCCGGAACGGUGAGGGGUUCUUGAAACUAGAGAAUAUGAAGAUCCCGAACACUGAAAUGGCGGAAAUGAACACAGCGAUUGGGUUGAAGGAAUGUGAGGAGCUAUGUUUGAACAACUGUUCUUGCACGGCAUAUACAAGCGCGAAUAUCACAGAUGGUGGAAUGGGAUGCAUUGCUUGGUAUGGAGAGUUGAUAGAUAUGAGGGAGUUCACAAGUGGAGGCCAAGAUAUCUAUAUUCGAGUCUCUGCAUCUGAUUUAGGUAUGUUUAAUUCUAUUCCAAUAUGUUAUGAAUUACUAGCUUUUGGGGAAUUUUUUAAUAUUUGUGGGUAG